CAGCGCCAGUACAGUGUGCGACUCCAUGGGGUGCGGACGUGUCGUCGCCGCUCCGAUCAACCCAAACUAAAUGCCGUGCGUUCCGAUAAAGUGUUAAAUUGUGCCCAACGAAUUUUUCGUGUAAAAAGGUUCAUUGAACAUAUUGUGUGUCUCUGUUAAGGAUAAAUGCGAGUGGCACAACCCGCAAACUCUGUAAAGGUGGCGGGAGUCGCAUCAAUGGCCUGACACUAUGUUCAGAACGGCGUCAGUUGAGGGCUCCGGGCCGAGGACGCCGCCGGCCUACGCGCCCCACCCGCCCUACGUGCCCCCACGCUUCUUCCCCCCAAGAAUCCGGCCGCCACCCCCUCAGUACUGCUUCGACGCCGCGCGCUUCGCCUGCGACGCCUCCAAGCCUCGAUACCUCGACGUCGAGCGGGAGAGGCUCGUGACGCGAUGGCUAGCCGAAGCAAACGAAGCCCUAGUGCGGAGAGAAAGGCCACCGAGAUACAAACCUCGCAGCAGCGAGCGAAGGCCGGACUUCCUCGAGCGAAGGCCGAACGCGCCAGAGUGGGCGGACAAUUUCCUCCUCGGUCGUCGCAACGGCUCCACCGAGCCCGAAGACGACAGUAGUGAAGUGAUGACUUUGAAGGAGUUCGUGGAUAAGUUCUCCCUCCCUCGUGUUGUGAAGUUUGAGGGGGAGGAGAGGCCAGUGCUUCUGUAUAGAGUGCUGGAGGCGCACAGGCGGGUGGAGGCCGUGCCGCUGUCCGGCAAGAAGGGCAAGAUGGUCGGCAAGCCUUUGUAUAUACCGGACAGUUAUGAUGGUUGGUUUUCGGCAUGCGGUUGUCGCGGCGGCGCGCUGGCGUCCGCGCGCGGUUCGAUUGCGGCAUUGCUGCGCGCGCGGGCGUUUGCGCUUGUGUCACCUCGAGCCAUUUCCGCUUAUAGAGCUCGGCCAACGUCAGAUAGCGGCAGGGUGGGUGCACAGUACGAGCGGGCGGCGGCGCGGCCGGGCACGCCGCUGCGACUGGCGGGCGUGUUUGCGGACGGGAGCAAAGCGAAAGCGCCCAAAUACGCGCAGCUCAUCGAUCCGCAGGGAAACGAGCUGUUCGUGCCAAUCAAUACAAAAGGCGAGUUGUACGAGGUGUGCCCUGAGGAGCUGACGCCCGCGGAAUGGGACUCGGCGGGGGAGGGGCCGGCUACCCCCCCUCCUCCCGACGCAGGGACCAAGGCCCAUCGCCUCCCCCACCUGUUGAGUCUGUGGCGACUACCCACCAGGGUCAGGCUGCUGGCAGGCACAGUGCCUAUCGAGAUGGCGCAUGAUGUUGGAGACGACCUUUUGCUGCGAGCAUCAGUUACCGAGCCAGUUCUGGUGAUGUGCACCCUUCCAGAAUACAACGGGCUACCGUCUAGCCCGAGCAAGCAGGUGGACCCUCGCUACCACGCCAAGGAAGCUCUGCAACUCCUACCCCUGAACGGGAACAUCAGGAUACGCCGCACCCAGCUCGGCUUCGACAGCGAGAAGCGAAUGUUCCUCUCCGCGCGCCUCCAAAAAGCUCUAACCUUCUGUCAACUUAACGUUGACAACUGGAUCAGGCAAAUCUCCUACGCCAACCACUCCGUUUUCGGCAAAGCGAAGACCACAGAAGAACAUUUGAAGGAAGAUCACGAACCUGUCAAGUUUGAAAAAGAGAAAAAGUUCACCUUACAAGGUCUAAAGAUUGACACGUCUAGACUAUUCGGGAAAAGCGAUAAAGUGCUCAAAGAUAUUCCUGACGAAACGGAAGGGUCAAUCAUUUUCUUGAGUAAAAAUGAACUUGAACACAUGAACUAUGACGUUUAUAGCGACGACGAAGGAAAAGAUGACCCGAAAAGUGAUGAGAAAAUAGAACAAGAGCUAUUUUCUAAUGACAAAAUGCAGGUUUUUAGAGAAGAUUCGGGGCAAAAGAAGAAUAAAUGGUUUAAAAACAUAAAACUCUUAAAAAGCACUGAAAGACUAGAUGAAAAAAUUACGGCGAUUGAAAACAACGAUAAACAUAGAGAUUUUAAAGAUCCCUUUGACCCCUCAGCUGAAAAGCAUAGCUCAAUAGAAAGAUAUCAAGAUAUGGCAAAGCUAAUUGAAGAUAGAUUCGGUGGAACUCGAAAAAACGACGGUACAGCUGAAAAGAGUCACUCUUAUAAGAGUCUCACUACGUCCUCAUCAGAUAUGGGAACCAGCCAAUGUAGUUCUAACCAUAAAAAACCAAUUCUAACCAAAUCUGUUUCUGUUCAAACGGGUAUGCCUGACGGUACUUACAAUACUGAUGAGGAUUCUGGAAUCAAUAUGAAACAUGGUCGUAAAAAUCUAAGCGUGGAUCAAAUAAAUUACUGUGGUUCAAUGGAAAGCGAUACUAGUUCUGGUCGUAAAUUGAAAUCACUAGACGAAAAUAUGCUGAAGAAAUCAAUGGCAACAAAAUCUUCAACAAACUUGGAAAGGAGGCAGAGGAUACAACCUGAUUUGAUACCCGAAAAGGCUAUAGUAAAAUCGGAAUCUUACAAUCAGAUCCAAAGUUGCGAAGACAUAAACAUGUUUGGAGUAGGUUCUCUUUACAACGAUAGCGACUUUGAAAUAAAUUACAAACAACAUUCCUUCAUUACUGAAAAGCUCUGUUCAGAAUUUCACGUUAAGACAAAAAGAGUUCUCAGUAAGUCUACAUCCAAUCUGCUUCAUCCAAAAAAACCUAAUGAAAAAAAAGAAGGAAAUAACAGUAACAGUAUGCCAACUAAAACUGAAAGGUCUAGUGAUGGUGAUAAACUAUUAAACUUCAGGAAGAAAAUAGACAAACCAAGAGCACCGACGCCAAAAUCUGAAAUCGAAGAAGAUCUCAUACCGGUUGAUAUAUCAGAAGAAGAACCAAACGUUCAAGUAAGAAUUAGGCGAUCAAUAUCCUCAAUACAAAAGCGUAAACUGCCUGUGAUAGAAGACUUGCCAUAUGGUCAAGUCGCAGACGCUGUUCAAAUCGAAGAAGAAAAAGUAGAUUCGGAUACCAGCUCUGACAAUAUUUACGCAGAAAUUUGCACGCCCAACGGCCAUAAAAAUAGCGACGAAGAGAGUUACGACAACAAUAUAGACGUUUUAGCAACUGACCCUGUGAUUUGUAAUGUUAAGAAAGAAGUUAUUAUAAGGAACGAUGAGAGAGCGAGGCAAAUGAUUGAAAAUCAGGAGAAUCCAUUCCGACAUAUCGAAGUGGUAGUUAUAGAGAAAACCACAGACUUCGAUUUGGACAAUUCCAGUAUGGCUUCUAGUGAUAUAGAGGAUUUAGGGAGUAAGAAUGAUGUGACGAUAGCUAUUGAUUCUUGGGAGCGCCACAAAGCAAACAAUUUUGAAUCAAAAGUUCACGCUAUUAGGUUAGAGAUUACAAGUAACAUGGAUGAUUAUCCAAAUGAAAACGAGAGGCAGAUCAUAGAGCCGACUGAAGUGGUGUUGACAAAAGACCAUUUAAGUUUUAGCAACAGCAUACAUUUGAAUGGUACAUAUCCCAGCGAGGCCAUCUACGAUACAUUAAAGUAAUUAGUCCUAAUAAAAUCAUUAUGUCACUAUAUGUUAAUUAAUUAUUAUAGUAACACCAAAAGUGUUAAUAUGCUUUUAUGUAAGCAUAAAAUUUCGUCUAAAAAGUCGUGAUGUUAAAAUAAUAUUUCUCAAAGUGAGUCUCUCUAUUUCGAAUUUUAUAAUCAUAAUUUCGUUUAUUUUUAAUCAUAGUUUAGUAAAAAGCCAGGCGACACCUGACUAUUAUUUAAGUAUUCGAAAAAACCUUAAUAAUUGUGGUUUUAAAUUCUAUGUAGAUGGAUAUCUACAUCUACAUUGUUAACUGUGUUGUAUUGAAUAUUAGCGAUAAAUUAUGACUUUUUAGACAGCUUUACCUACCUACCUAUUUUAUGAUAGUUUUAAUCAGUAAUUAACGAAAACUUAUUAUUGACACAAAGUGUACCAUGGUUAUGUAAAAAGCACUUUAUAUAAUAAGUAACUAAUUUUAUAGCACCUAUCUAAUAAAAUAUUCAGCCAAGAAACAGAAUUAAUAGGUGAAUUGUAUACGGGAUAAAUUAUUUGGAAUCUCUCUAAAUUAUUUUCUAUGCGGUAUUUACUUAUAGAAAGUUUCAAAAUCAAAAUAUACUUACGGACUCAUCUAUCUGCCCACUUAGUGUUAUAAGUUACGGUCUGUAGCAACAACAACAGUUAAGUUGAGCAAUAAUAACAUAUUUAUAAAAAUACGAAAAAGAUGGAUAAUAAAUCAGCUUCAAAACUGCGUAAAAAGUUUUUGCUCAAUGUAAUUUUUUUUAGCUAGGGUACGACAAAUCAUUUAAGCCUAAACUUAAAAUGCUAGGUUGGCCGAUACCUGUGCCGUGUGUAUAUCCUUAUUGAAAUGGAUGUAUAGUACCUAUAACUGUUUUGAUCAAAAUCAAGCCUAGUUUCGUUUGCAUCAAAGUCAAGCUUCACAAUUUUUACCAUCACAGUUUACUGUUAAAAUAGCAAUAACAUAUCUCAAGAUGAACCUUUGACUUUGUAAAAGCAGGGUUUAUAAAAAUCUGGAUUGUUACAUUCUCAUUUUAAUAUAUUGGGGGGGGCGAAAUUCUAUUUUUUCUGUCAGUUAGAUUACCAAAAACUAACAUUCACUUAUUUUUUUAUUUUGUCAACCGUACAAAAUAUUAGUAAGACCUGAUGUCAUGCAUAUCAUGUCAUACAUAUAUGUCAUGUUUUACAUACUAUAUCAAUGGUUUUGACUAUGUGAAAAAAGAAAAAAUAUGUGUCCAAUAUUUUUUGAUAAAUCUAUCUAUUAGACGAAGAAAAAAAACUUGUCAUCGUCUCUGUUACCAAUCGUACAUCACAGUCUUAAUCACAAGAAGCAAACCGUUGCGAUCAGUGGUUUAAUAACUCGAUAAUUACCUACAGUUCAAAAAUCAAAUAUCUGAUCAAAACGAUUAGGUAUCUCAACCUCCAUUAUAAUGUAACUUUCAAUAAUCUUUCGCAAAGGGCGUAGCAGUUAAUUUAAUAAUUACUGGAAAAUUGUUCGGUUGAAAUAUAGUUCGACAUUUUGUUCAAUAAAAUCCGUUUCAAGUUUUGAAUAUAAACAAAAUAGAAUCAUGCUCAGACGACACUAUUCUUUUGAAAAAUAGAAUAUCUGUCUCUGAUCACAAAAGAUAGACGAUUUCCAAAUUCAACAAUCCACGUAAGGUAGUGGAACCAAUGAUCGACAUAUUUUUCUGUUAUCGUUCAAUUAAAAUAAAAGUAGGGAACCUUAGAAAAACCAAAUGUCAAAUUCGAAUAGUUCGCGAGUGCGAAAUGUCUGUGUCAUAUGUAUACUGAUUUUUAGUUCUCGUUACGCACAUUAUGAGGCUGCUAUUCAAAUUUUCAUACAACAUUAGACAAUGACAAAAAAAAAUACAAUGACAAAAUUUUAUGCUACUUAUUUACUUUCGCGGGCCUGCUGGAAGAAAUUUCAAUAUGAAGUAAGCAGUGUCCUUGUACAAUUUUCUUGUUCCUGUUCUUCUUAUCUAUUUUAUUGUGUGUGUGUACUAAAUAUAUAAAUAAAUGACAUUCCGCACUCGCAAACUAUUCGAAUUCGAUAUUGGUUAGUGUUAAGGAUACUGAUAGCUCGGUGUUCUACUCGGCUCUACAGAAAAAAAUGACGAUCAUUGGUGUCACUACCUUAAAUAUGAGCAAAAUACAGGAGUUUUUCAGCAAAUAAGUAAUUCUGCUUUCAAUUAACAUGCCUGUGGUCUAAAAACGAAGAUAAUUGUUAAACGCUACACAAAGUAAACGUUUUGCACAUCACCAGUACCUAACAAUUGGUGCUAUAUUUGGGUGCUCAAACUUGAAUUAUUAAUUAGGUAGUGUUAUUUGUCUAUCUCACAUAUCACAUGACAAUUUGUAAAUUAUAAUGUACCAUAUAGAUUUAAAGUUUGUGUAAAAUAAAAACGUUCGGUGUAAGUCUUAAAAAUCGAUGUCGAAUUUUUAUCAAUUCAUCGAAAUAUGAAUAUGGUGACGCAAAUUAAAAAAACAUCUUUAA